UUUUUGAAAUCUUUAAAAACAUCGAUAAAUCGACGUUUCUCCACCUUAGCCCCUGGUCACAUAGCCAGAAAGCCGUAUGAAAAUCGAGUAAUAUUCGGAGGCCAUGCCAUGAAAAUUAUAUUUUAAUCCUGGCAGUGGCGUUAACCCGUUCCAACGGGGCGGCCAAAUAAUUCUUCCCUCUUCACGGAAGGAAGUAACUUAAUAUUUAAAAAAAAAAAAAAAAAUAUUUUAAUCCAUCGGGCGACCAUGCAGUUCUGCGGCUUGCAGCGGCGUUCGUAAUUUGCAGCUGCUGCAGUUGUCAAUCGCACAACAAAGUGCAAGCACGCGUCCCCGUUGCGGAAUCUAGCACCUGGAUAGCCACGAUGACACCAUUCGACGACUUUGUCUAUUUGAUCAAUCAUGUACUGUUGGGAGAGGAGCCGACAAUCGAAGACUUCAUUUUGCUGGUUGGCACACUGGUGGCGUUUAUAGCCUUCAUCCUGUGGUGCUGCUUCCCCAUACAGCCAAAGCAGGAACCUGGUCCCCAUCGCCAGUUUACAUGCAAGAUUAUACAGAAUCCCAUCAAGGCCUUCGACGCCGCCACCAGCACCGACGACUCACCCAAACCAGGAGGUGGGUCCGGAGCUGGUAGCUCCACGUCCAACAUGCAGUACAAUAGUAGCAGUGGCAGCGGAAGCUAUAGCAAAAACGGCACAGUGGCCAUGCACAAUUACUACGUUAAGAACGGACACCAAUGCUGCACCUAAUAAUUGGCCAUCCUCACUAGCGACACUGUCCAUGUCCAAGCUUGGACAGGAUAUUAUGUUGCACGCAAGCCGCCUUUAGUUACCAUAUGCAGAGCACACCUAUCCGUAUGCGAAGGCAUAUCGAUCGAGAUUUGUGCCAAUUGGUUCGAGAGAUUGUUAGAAGGCAGCUAAAAGGUGUCAGUUCGAACUACAGGCACAUUUGAAUUGUAAUUGAUCAGACUGAUUUGUUUAUUGAACAUGAGAAGAUUGAAAGUGAGACAGGUAGCAAUGUCAAGGCCGCACACUCAUUCGCAGAAGUCCCUGACCAGUUUCUAAAACUUUUUCGAUAUCUAUUAUACAUUGUGUGUGCAUUUGUUGGCAUACCAAAUGAAGUAUGCGUAUUUGUGUAAACAAAAAAAAAACGAUUUAAAGCCAAGCUAGUUAUUGUAAGUAUUUAUUUGUGUAAACGGUUAGGUUAACCCUGUAACUCCAAGCACUUGCCAACACAUUGUGUGCAAACAAAAAACUAAAACCCCCAAAAUAACUAUAAAUUAUGUUUAAUCGAAUCAAGCUUCCGAUCAUAUUUACCUUUAUAAAUUUAUAUUUAAGGAACGUUAUUUAUAAACCCAGAUACACAUUUAUUAAUUAGCUUAGGUAUUUUUAGUAAAAUUGAUUUCAAUUUUUUUUUGUGUGUAAUAAUCUAUUUGAUCUCAUUUAAAUGUAUUAUUUGUGAUGUACUUCGAGAUAUUUCGAAUAUUUCUGAAAUGCGAAUGAAACUAAACUUAAAGACAAACCGCCA